GGCAGCCGCGAGGGGGACGGAAGGGAAAAAAAGGGUAACCCAAAUGUCCCAAUUUCUCGUCGCUCCGCCCCCAAAUCCUGAUGGCUUUAUGGUAGAAUCGUCGAACGAUGUCGAACCCUAACCCUAGGAGGAUGGAUCUGAACCUCUAUUUGGGUCUACCUCGUUCGCCGCCGCCUCGCAGUCGCGAUCUAGGGUCUGAUCUCUCUCUUAACUCGUUGCGCUGGUCGUCUCCUGUUACCACCGUCGAGGAAAGGGGUUCAUCAAUUCCUAUGUCUGGCGCUGUGGAACCUUCGGAGUCUCACCCCGCUUCGUACUCUUCCUCGCACGAGGAGUACAAUCCUGAGCUACCUGUUGCUCUCCCGGAGGAUAGAGAUGGCACUCCGGAUCCCCCCUACUUACCUCCCUUUGGGCAAUAUUGGCAGUUUGAACUACCCCCUGAACCUGAAGGAGCUGAUGCCUCGUACUCUCCUCCUAUCAUCCAUACCUCACCCGCUGCACAGGAAACUGAAGCGCGUUCAGUCCAGGAUGUCAGCCCCCAAACUCUUUAUGAUCCUACAUCACCGCCAAUAUUCCCACCUGAUGGUGUAGCGUACUUGCAGCCUUAUUUUACUGGCUCGACAAGCUCACAAGGACAUGAAACUGCUACUUUUAGCUUUUAUCCAACACCUUCUUCUCCAAGUAGUGACUUCCUGUCUGUAAAUGGUGGAGUCCCUUCGAGGCCUGAGCCUCUUCGCCCAUCAGAUUCUUGUUUCAGGAGGUUUGUUGAACGGCCAAGCAGACGAUUUCGGUCUACACUUCCACAGGUUAAUGAGAGAUUUAGUUUUGGAUCCCCAUCAUUACCUAAUCCUGAACUGUCAGUGCCUGAUAUAGUCAGCUCCCAAAGACCUCCAGAAUGCAAUGGGAAGCAUAAAUUAAAGACUGAAAACAAAGCAGAAGAUGCUUCAGAAGGAGGAGAAGAAAAAGGAAGAAAUGCUGCUAACUUUGAGUGCAACAUCUGCUUUGAUAUGGCUGCGGAACCUGUUGUUACAUCAUGCGGCCAUUUAUUUUGCUGGCCGUGUUUAUAUCAGUGGUUGCAUGUCCAUUCAGAACAUAAAGAAUGCCCUGUCUGCAAGGGAGAGGUAAAUGAAUCAAAUGUCACACCUAUUUAUGGUAGGGGGAAUUCACAAGCAAAUGUUGAGAAGAAAUCUGUGGAAGAUGCAGAAUCUGCUGUUAAAAUACCACCAAGGCCAAGUGGAAAUAGAUUAGAAAGCUUUAGGCAGCAAUUUUGGCCUGUUUCAAGGAGACUGGGUGAGGGGAUUGCGGCAACAUGGAGACGUCUCUUUGAUCAGCAUUUCCAUACUGGUAGAUAUGAAUCAUACGCAAACCCAUAUCUCCAAGAAUUGUAUGAAAAUGUUCAACGCAGAGCUUUGAUUAGGCUCAGGCCAAGAAGACUGCAAAGGGAUAUGAAUCCUGAAAGUGGACCGGUAGCUGGAGAUCCUAGUCGGCCUGCAAACAACGUGCCUAGCUCGAAUAGAAGUACAACAGAUUCUAUUUUUCGAGACGGUGUUACUUUUUGGCACCAGUUUAUGCAUGAUCGUGGUGUUGAUCGCUUAGCUUCUAUCGCGGCUGAUUUUGAGAGAGUAGUUGGAAGGUUAACUCGUAAUGCCGGAAAUGGUGCAUCUACAUCAGUUGAUCCUCCAACUACUGAACCUCUCGCUAGCAGGCCUCUAGCAGAAGUAGCAUUGUCUGCUGAUCAGGCCUCUGGUUCUAGCACCAUGGCUGUGAUACAAGGUGAUGUUGUUAUGUCUGAGGCUCCGGCAGAACCUCAAAGUGUGGGAUCGUCUCCGAGCAAUAGGAGGAGAGGUAGAAGCAGCGCAUCUGGUUCAUAUGAUGUUGAUGGAGGUGCACUACACUCAUUUAAGAGAAGAAGAUUGAACUAAAUCAUCUUGACUUGUUGUUUAGGCUAGUUCUACUUAUUUUGCCUUUUUGUUAGGCCGUGUGCUUAGAUAAAUCCAAUGGAUUUUAUUUUUAGUUUGUUGUAUAAUGUUUUUCUUAAUCUUAAACUUUAUAAUCAUGGUAUUAUUUGAUCCAA